ACUGCGAGCGGAGCAUGGUAACUUCUCCUGCAAUCAGAGCUCUCCCCCUCACAUCAGUGGCAUGCUUCGUGGAGAUAUGCUCCUCUCACUGCCCGGUGCAUCAGCAACAUGGAUUGUCACCUCUCCAUCCUCGUCUUGCUCAUCUGCUGCGUCCUCAGCUGCUCCGGGGAACUGAGCCCACAGCCUUCCAACGAAGUUAAUCUUCUAGAUUCAAAAACAAUUCAAGGAGAGCUGGGAUGGAUCUCCUACCCAUCACACGGGUGGGAAGAGAUCAGUGGUGUCGAUGAGCAUUACACACCCAUCAGGACAUACCAGGUGUGCAAUGUCAUGGAUCACAGCCAAAAUAAUUGGCUGAGGACGAACUGGGUCCCGAGAAACUCAGCUCAGAAAAUCUAUGUGGAGCUCAAGUUCACACUACGGGACUGCAACAGCAUCCCUUUGGUUUUGGGGACUUGCAAGGAGACCUUUAACCUGUACUACAUGGAGUCUGACGAUGACCAGAGUGUGAAAUUCCGAGAGCAUCAAUUUACAAAGAUUGACACCAUUGCGGCUGAUGAAAGCUUCACCCAGAUGGAUCUUGGGGACCGCAUUCUGAAACUCAACACUGAGAUUAGAGAAGUGGGACCGGUCAACAAAAAGGGGUUUUAUUUGGCUUUUCAAGACGUUGGUGCUUGCGUUGCCUUGGUGUCUGUGAGAGUGUACUUCAAAAAGUGCCCGUUUACGGUGAAGAAUCUGGCUAUGUUUCCAGACACAGUACCCAUGGACUCCCAGUCUUUGGUGGAGGUUAGGGGCUCUUGUGUCAAUAAUUCCAAGGAGGAGGAUCCUCCCAGGAUGUACUGCAGCACAGAGGGUGAAUGGCUUGUCCCUAUUGGCAAGUGCACCUGCAACGCUGGGUAUGAAGAACGAGGUUUCAUAUGCCAAGCUUGUCGACCAGGCUUCUACAAGGCCUCAGAUGGUAUUGCCAAGUGUGCUAAGUGCCCACCACACAGCUCGACACAUGAAGAUGGUUCAAUGAACUGCAGGUGUGAGAAUAAUUAUUUCCGGGCAGACAAAGACCCUCCAUCCAUGGCUUGUACCCGCCCUCCAUCCGCACCAAGAAAUGUUAUCUCUAACAUAAACGAGACCUCAGUUAUCCUGGACUGGAGCUGGCCCCUGGACACAGGAGGCCGGAAAGAUAUUACCUUCAACAUCAUAUGUAAAAAAUGUGGGUGGAAUAUGAGGCAGUGUGAGCCUUGCAGCCCCAACGUCCGCUUCCUCCCUCGGCAGCUCGGACUCACCAACACCACGGUGACAGUGACAGACCUCCUGGCCCACACUAACUACACUUUUGAGAUCGAUGCCAUUAAUGGGGUGUCAGAGCUGAGCUCACCACCGAGACAGUUUGCUGCAGUCAGCAUCACGACUAAUCAGGCUGCUCCAUCACCUGUCGUGACAAUUAAGAAAGACCGGACCUCCAGAAACAGUAUUUCUUUAUCUUGGCAAGAGCCUGAGCAUCCAAAUGGAAUUAUCCUGGACUAUGAGGUCAAAUACUAUGAAAAGCAGGAACAAGAGACGAGUUAUACCAUUUUGAGGGCAAGAGGCACAAAUGUUACCAUCAGUAGCCUCAAGCCAGAUACGACUUACGUGUUUCAAAUCCGAGCUCGGACAGCAGCGGGAUAUGGGACCAACAGCCGCAAGUUUGAGUUUGAAACGAGUCCAGACUCUUUCUCCAUCUCUGGUGAGAACAGUCAUGUGGUGAUGAUUGCCAUUUCAGCAGCCGUGGUCAUCAUUGUCCUCACUGUUGUCAUUUAUAUAUUGAUUGGGAGGUUCUGCGGCUAUCACAAGUCAAAACACAGUUCAGAUGAGAAGCGUCUUCACUUUGGGAAUGGACACUUAAAACUUCCAGGUCUCAGGACUUAUGUUGAUCCGCAUACCUAUGAGGACCCUACACAAGCAGUUCAUGAGUUUGCAAAGGAGCUGGAUGCCACCAACAUAUCCAUCGACAAAGUUGUCGGGGCAGGUGAAUUUGGAGAAGUUUGCAGUGGUCGCUUAAAACUUCCUUCAAAAAAAGAGAUCUCAGUGGCCAUCAAGACCCUGAAAGUGGGGUACACAGAGAAGCAGAGGAGAGACUUCCUGGGAGAAGCGAGCAUCAUGGGACAGUUUGACCAUCCCAACAUCAUCCGGCUGGAAGGAGUUGUCACUAAAAGUAAACCAGUGAUGAUCGUUACAGAAUACAUGGAGAAUGGCUCCUUGGACAGUUUCUUACGUAAACAUGAUGCCCAGUUCACGGUCAUCCAGUUGGUGGGAAUGCUCCGUGGAAUAGCAUCAGGAAUGAAGUAUCUUUCGGAUAUGGGCUAUGUCCACCGGGACCUUGCUGCUCGGAACAUCUUGAUCAACAGUAACUUGGUGUGCAAAGUUUCUGACUUUGGACUCUCUCGGGUACUUGAAGACGACCCAGAAGCUGCUUAUACAACUAGAGGAGGGAAGAUACCAAUACGAUGGACAUCACCAGAAGCAAUUGCCUACCGCAAAUUCACAUCUGCUAGCGACGUGUGGAGUUAUGGGAUUGUUCUCUGGGAAGUUAUGUCUUACGGAGAAAGACCAUAUUGGGAGAUGUCCAAUCAGGAUGUAAUUAAAGCAGUGGAUGAGGGCUACCGCCUCCCGCCUCCCAUGGACUGCCCAGCUGCCUUGUAUCAGCUGAUGCUGGACUGCUGGCAGAAAGACAGGAACAACAGACCCAAGUUUGAACAGAUUGUCAGCAUUCUGGACAAGCUCAUCCGGAAUCCAGGCAGCCUGAAGAUCAUCACCAGUGCAGCAGCAAGGCCAUCAAACCUUCUUCUGGACCAAAGCAAUGUUGACAUCACUACCUUCCACACAACAGGUGACUGGCUUAAUGGCGUUCGGACAGCACACUGUAAAGAAAUCUUCACAGGGGUUGAGUACAGCUCGUGCGACACCAUCGCCAAGAUCUCCACAGAUGACAUGAAAAAGGUUGGUGUUACUGUGGUUGGGCCACAGAAGAAGAUCAUCAGCAGCAUGAAAGCUCUUGAAACACAAUCUAAGAAUGGUCCAGUUCCAGUGUAAAGUACAAGAAGAAUGUGAGAAAUGAAGAUGCAGCAUCAUCCUGAGAAUGAUGGAAAUGAUGGAGACACCAGUGAAAGCUCCAAGUCUAAUAAGACACUCAGUUAUAAGUCCAAAUGCCUUAAAACGAAAUUGAAAAUCUCUUUAUUUUCCCCUAUCAUUUUACAGAUGGGUGGGUGGGUGGGUGCAUUUUGUUUUGUAAUUGCUUUUUUAUGUUAAUUGAUGGGGUCGAUUAAAACUCUUCAGCUCAAAAUGGAAGAACUUGUGUAGAGCCAUUGAUCAUAAACUAUCAUAAAAGUAAACUAAGAUAAAUAGCAAAACGGAACCUGAGGUUUUGUUAUGAAUGGCCACAGAAUAAAAGACUUGUGAUAUUUUUAUACACAGAAGAAAUCUGUAGCAGGUAUUUUGUUUCUUUAAAAGCAAACAAAAUAGAGGCAUUUAUACCUCAAACUAUCUGGCCAUAUUUGCUACCUUAUCUCUUUAGUAUUCUCUUUUAUCUGUUUGAAACAUAUAGAGAUGAAGUAUGUAGUUGUUUUAAAUACUACACAUUUUUAAUUGUUACCUUCCUUAAGCAUACCAUGUAAAAAUAUGUCUUAAUUUGGGGAGGAAGUGCAUAUUUAUUUUCUUUUGGAUGGUUUUUAUUGUUUGUAUUUAUGCCUUGAUGAUUUAAUUUCGGUUUUGUUACAGCCAAGUGCCAAAUGCUAUCUCAAAUUGUCAGCAGUAAGAAACAUGUUUAAGUAUACCCAGAGAAUGAUGUGUUCCUUUCUAGAACUGUCAAGCAAUUCACUUAUAUGUACCAACAAGAUGAAACUCCUUCCAUGUUCAUACAGUAGCCAAAUUAUUCACAGCUUGAAUUACACCAUUCAUUUUUGUCUCUCCAUUUAUCAGUAACUGUAUGCUCCUAAUUUAGUGUAAUAUAUUGGCUUGUAUGUAAUAGAUUUUUAACCAGAUAUCACCCCUCUCCUGUUCUGGUGCUUAGAGGUCAUCAACUCCUUCCAUUCAUGAAGGAAGCUUGUUAGAACUCUUUAGAUUUGCAACACUGGAAAGAUCAAAAUUAAGUUAGAUGAUUACAUUGACAACAACCUAUAGGUAAAUGCAUGAAGCCAAAAGAAUCACUGACUUUGAAAAAUCUUUUAGUACCAUUGCUUAAACUUGCAGAAUUCCUUGUAGAGAUGAUAAUUAAGCUACUCAUCUGCAUCAUUGGGGUGUAGAUCAAUUAUUAACACAUUUUCAUCUUCAAUAUCAGGUAUAACUAUCUUUUGGUCUUCCACUUCAAUGUACCUAUUGUGAUUUGGGUGCAUAAUUCGAAGUCUUGAACUUCUACACAUAUUAUUAUAUAUAUCAUUUUUGAAAUAGCAGCUAUUUUAGCAAAUAAAUCCAUAAAUGCAGGCAAUGGAGAGAUGUCUCAUUGUGGAGAUUGUAGACUUGCUGUUCUCUAAAGGCCAAUUAUGAGCAUGUUCAUUAAUAUUGAGAAGGAUGCGUUGAAGCAAUACUUUAGAUGCUGGUUUUUCAUGCUCAUAUCACCAUUUCAUAUGUCCAAGAAAUGCACAUGUCAUAAGAUUAAGACAAGCUUUACCAAGUAUGUCUAUACACAAAUGGGACAUUAAAGAACUAAAGCUUAAAGUCAUUGAGAAAAACCGCCAAAUGCUGAUCUUUGUAGACUUAGUAUACUAGGAGUUAGGUGUGUCCUUUCAGAUGUGAAAUUGUAUUCCAAGUUUUGGCAAUGUUCCUUAUAGUCAAAUUAUGCUACUGGAAUUUGUAUUGGACUUUUAAGAGCAUGAAUAUUUUGAACACAAGAUGAUGAAAUUAAUCAUAAAUUUUGCGUGUAUCUCUUGAAACACAGAAUCUUGUACAACAGAAUCUACUCACAUAAUUUACAUGUUGGAAUAUUUGGUCCAAAUUUAAAUCUAGCUUCUAUACCAAUUUGGUUAUAUUAGUGUUCACUCUCUUAGACAAUAUUCUGCAGACUCUCAACAACAAUGAAUUUCAAAAUUAGCAGAUGAUGAAAAUUAAAUCUAUUGCAUUUAUUUGAAUAGAGUUUCCUUUUUAUGUUUGGAAGUAGAGGUGGUUUACAGAGUACAUUGUUCUUCAUUUGUCAGUUAUUUUAUUCUCUGACCACUUAUAAAAUUACUUUGCAUAAUCCCUUCCCUGUACAUAUGUAAACAUAACAAUGUACGAUUCUGAACUGGGGAGUAGAGGUACUAGAAAGCUUAAGGCCAUCUCUUUGUACAGGAACUACAUUGCCUCCCAUAACAAUAAGGCUACCACUCCCUCGCAAAGUUAUGUACCAUAUUAUCUCAUUUGUAUCUUAAAUUUGAUUUAUAGAUUUUAUUUAUUUCUGUCAACACACCCAGUCUAUGCUGAACUAAGUAUCUAUCAAGCCAUGUAUAAAUAUGAUAUGAUUGGCAGUAUGUGUUUUCUUUCAACUUCCAUUUUCAAAGCAUUGUUCAUUUAGUUUAUGUUGCACAAUGUAGAUGGCCUCUUACUAAUGUAAAAUGAUUUCUAGUGGGAACAUUUAUAUUUUUAUAAUAAACAUAAUGAAAAUAUUUUUACA